AAUGACAGCGGCGUGCCAAGGUUCAGUUCUAAGAAUGCUUAGCAACAAGUGACAAAGAAAUAAAGGAGCCAUCGCCUAGCGACCGGGCUGGUGGGAGGAAUCGGAGCACGUGAGGGGGCGUUCAGACCCCGGCGCUGACAUCCAGACGAGGAUAUCCGCCGCUCGUGAACCCGGAACUGGAGCAGGAGCGCUGAGAGGCGAGGGCCAUGGCUAACUGCAUUGUAGUCGCAAGCCACUGCGUCUGUUAAAUGCCCCUUUCUCGGCCGCACGCCGCCCUGUUUUCGCUCGGCUGUUACCCCGGAGGGCACCGGCGGGGUCCUGCUACUACAUCUCGACUCGCUUUCUGCUUUCUGAAUGCUCAAGCUGCUGGCCGGCGCCUCCUUGGAUUUGCUACUGCUACCGCUGCUCCCGCUGUGAAAGGAAGCCGGUGUUUGGUGGGAUUAUCCCGGCUCCCCCUCGCGUCUCGAUGCCCGAGCCAGGCCCCAGGAUGAACGGCUUCUCCUUGGGCGAGCUGUGCUGGCUUUUCUGCUGCCCGCCCUGCCCGAGCCGCAUCGCCGCCAAGCUCGCCUUCUUACCCCCCGAGCCCACGUAUUCGGUGCUGUGCGACGAGGCGAAUGGACGGCCAGCCCUGCAUCUAUCCGAGCGAGCCGACUGGCAGUACUCGCAGAGGGAGCUCGACGCCGUCGAGGUCUUCUACGCCCGCACGAGCCGCGGCAACCGCCUGGGCUGCAUGUUCGUGCGGUGCGCGCCCAGCUCUCGGUACACGCUGCUCUUCUCCCACGGUAACGCAGUCGAUUUGGGCCAGAUGUGCAGCUUCUAUAUCGGCCUCGGCUCCCGGAUCAACUGCAACGUCUUCUCGUACGACUACUCGGGCUACGGGGUGAGCUCAGGAAAGCCGUCUGAGAAGAAUCUCUACGCCGACAUCGACGCUGCUUGGCAGGCCCUGCGCACAAAGUAUAAGAUCAGCCCUGAGAACAUCAUACUGUAUGGACAAAGCAUUGGCACCGUCCCAACGGUUGACCUUGCCGCCCGCUAUGAAUGUGCAGCUGUUAUUCUUCAUUCUCCUCUCAUGUCAGGACUACGGGUGGCUUUCCCAGACACCAGGAAAACAUACUGUUUUGAUGCCUUUCCAAGCAUCGAUAAGAUCUCGAAGGUGGCCUCUCCAGUGCUGGUGAUCCACGGUACGGAAGAUGAAGUCAUCGAUUUCUCGCACGGACUGGCAAUGUACGAGCGAUGUCCUCGAGCAGUGGAGCCCCUCUGGGUGGAGGGUGCGGGACACAAUGACAUAGAGCUCUAUGCACAGUACCUGGAAAGACUUAAACAGUUCAUAUCAUUUGAGCUCCCCAACUCUUGAAGAGUACGAUGGCGCAUGUGGUGACAGGCGACCUACUCUGUCAUGGAGGGAUGACCUGAUCAGUAUUUGCACAUUGGCUUAAUCUGAUUUUGCCUUCAUAGCCUCGAUCUGUGAAGGGCAUCCUCUGUAAUCCAAGGGUGAUCCUAAAAUGUGAUGACCACUUUUAUGUUUUAUACCCAGAAAACUCGGUUCUGAUAAUACACCUCAGGCACAACUGCUGCUUCUUCUUGUUUGAUUUUCUUUUGUUGUUUUCUUGAAGGAUACCAGCUAAAUGUUGGCACUUCUUUAGGUGCCAUGUGAAUAGCAAUGCGGACUUUCCUUUUUUUUUUUUUGAUUUUGGUUUGCAUUCCUUUUUUUUUUUUUUAAAACAGGUAAUUUGGGGACAGCCGACAUACAGAACUUGACCAAGUCUUAGUAUGCUGUCCUUUUAGUUACUCCAUGGAAUGAACUGUGCCCCACCCCCACCACCCACCCCUUAUGGUGUCUUCAACCCAUUCAGCCUUUUCUUUUUUUUUUGGACCCAGGGAAAAUGUUCUGUUUGUGACGUUCCUUAUCUGUGGUAUUCUAACUGGAAAGAAUUGUGUUGACGAGGGUUUAUUUAAUUGAAAUUAGACAUGUUUAAAGAAGUGUGUGCGUGUGUGCGCCCGUCGAGACUCGGAAUAACAGACGGGAUUUGUAUCCCCCCCCCCCCCACGCCGCCCCAGACUGUGAGUUUCGAGGUGCGACUUUAUUUCUCAAGUUAGGUGCUCGAGUCUUUACAAGAAGUCUAAUAGUGUACAUACUGAUUUAAGGUAAAAACAUUAAAUGUGUAAAUUUUUUAAUUUUUAACACUACAAAUUGCCUUACAUCUUUUGUUGGGACUUUGGCAUUCCGUUAUUUUUGUUGUUUUUUUGGUUUUUCUUUGCACUCUAUACGGUUCGUAUCAAAUUUUUUAAGAUGUGUUUUUAUAUGCUGUACUGUGGUGUUAAAUCUACCCUUCUCAAUGAAACCCGUUAGUCAAAACAAAACGGUAAAGUGAACACGCGGCACAACGUAGCGCGCGACCACCACGAGAAACUUCCAAUCCGCGUUCGCGGAGAGCUCCUAAACCCGCCGUUCUGCAGCCUUCGAAUUACGCUAGCAGGCACUUCAGGUACUGGCUUCGUUAGACGGGACUCGACGAAUGGCUUCUUAAAUUCAGUUUUGGAACAAAGAUGGUAACACUAACACGCAAUGCUACGUGCUGCCCCACCGCAAAUCUAACAAAUGAAAAUUCUGUGUUAAAUAUCACGUUUCCUGCAGUCCUCCACUCACCUCAAUUGCUCCAUUGUGUGUGUGGUGGGGGGGAGGGGGGGGGGAUUGUGUGCGUUUUUAUUUUUUUUUUUUUUUUUUUUAAUCUUGGAAUUUUGUCAAAUUAAUGUGUUUUUAUCCCUGCAUUGUUUUGAUACCAGACUUUUUAUAAAGUAUUGGGUAAUUGUUAAUAAAUUUACACAUUUGUGUUUCACACAAAUCUUUUUGAGUAAAUGAUGUUUAAAAUUUAAAAAAAAAAAAAAAAAAAAAAAUUUAAAAAGCUACUUGUUAUUGACACUGGAAUCAUAGAAUGCAUUAAUAAUGGAAACAAUGGGUACUUCACUGCUAGUGUAGAUCUUAAUAAAUCAAAGAAGCCUUAAAUGUACUGUAAGAGUAAGAUUAUUGUAAAAUGAAAUGCGGUAGAAAAAUUUGUGUUCUGUUGCAAUGAAGCAACUUCUUGGUUGUAAAGGAAUAAAGGAUGCAUGGAAUUAA